CUUGGGAAGGGCAAGGCAUUCCCCACGGAGCGAGAGGGAGAGGAAGCGAAUGGAAAGCGCGAAAGAUGCCUGGAGGUCAUCUUGAGUAUGGAGGGGGAAAGGAGCGCAAAGCUGCCAUCUUGGUAAGGGAAGGUCGCUUUCCGCACGUACGUUUUUCUUUCUUUCUUUCUUUUUAAAAUAUAUAUAAUUAACACGUUGCGCCUCUCCAUAUUUAAAGGGAGGGAAAUCUCCAACUCAUUAUGUAAAAACGGCAAUAUUAAUCCCCACAUCCUGAUGACAACGGGUACUAAUGUGAUGUUUUAUAGCAGAUUUAUAAACCAUAUAUACAAUAUUAUAUAUAAAAGGCAACAUAUUGGGUUGCGUCUACAUAAAUUCUCACAGUAGACCUGCUGAGAUUAAUGGAGCUAAAUCAGCCAUGCUCAUCCAUUUCAAUGGCCCUACUCUGAAUAGGACUAGCAUUGCAUGUUUGCUAUUUAUUUGUUGCAUAUCUAUCCCACCUUUUCCUCCCCACCUCUGCAAAAGGUUCAAGGCGGCAUCUAUAAUUCUCUCCCCACCCCACCCCCAUUUUUUUUAAUCCAUUACAACAACCUUGUGAGGUAGGUUAGGCUGAGAGGUGAGCAAAGGUGCCAAAGGUGAGCUUCCUGAUGUUAUAAGAAUUCUUGUUGUUGUUUAGUCGUUUAGUCGUGUCCGACUCUUCGUGACCCCAUGGACCAGAGCAAGCCAGGCCCUCCUGUCUUCCACUGCCUCCCGCAGUUUGGUCAAACUCAUGCUGGUAGUUUCCAGAACAGUAUCCAACCAUCUCGUCCUCUGUCGUCCCCUUCUCCUUGUGCCCUCCAUCUUUCCCAACAUCAGGGUCUUUUCCAGGGAGUCUUCUCUUCUCAUGAGGUGGCCAAAAUAUUGGAGUCUCAGCUUCAGGAUCUGCCCUUCCAGUGAGCACUCAGGGCUGAUUUCCUUCAGAAUGGAUAGGUUUGAUCUUCUUGCAGUCCAUGGGACUCUCAAGAGUCUCCUCCAGUACCAUAAUUCAAAAGCAUCAAUUCUUCGAUCAGCCUUCUUUAUGGUCCAGCUCUCACUUCCAUACAUCACUACUGGGAAAACCAUAGCUUUAACUAUAUGGACCUUUGUCGACAAGGUGAUGUCUCUGCUUUUUAAGAUGCUGCCUAGGUUUCAUUGCUUUUAUCCCAAGAAGCAGGAAUCUUUUAAUUUAAUGAUUGCUGUCACCAUCUGCAAUGAUCAUGGAAUCCAAGAAAGUAAAAUCUCUCACUGCCUCCAUUUCUUCCCCUUCUAUUUGCCAGGAGGUGAUGGGACCAGUGGCCAUGAUCUUAGUCUUUUUGAUGUUGACCAUAUUAUGCGCUCUCCUCUUUCAGCCUCAUUAAAAGGUUCAUUUAUUCCUCCUCACUUUCUGCCAUCAAGGUUGUGUCAUCUGCAUAUCUGAGGUUGCUGAUAUUUCUCCCGGCAAUCUUAAUUCUGGCUUGGGAUUCAUCCAGUCCAGCCUUUCACAUGAUGAAUUCUGCAUAUAAGUUAAAUAAGCAGGGAGACAAUAUACAGCCUUGUCGUACUCCUUUCCCAAUUUUGAACCAAUCAGUUAUUCCAUUUCUAGUUCUAACAGUAUAUUCUUGUCCCACAUAGAGAUUUCUCAGGAGACAAUCAAUGGUGAUCAGGCACUCCCAUUUCUUUAAGAACUUGCCAUAGUUUGCUGUGGUCGACACAGUCAAAUGCUUUUGCGUAGUCAAUGAAGCAGAAGUAUAUAUUUUUCUGGAACUCUCUUGCUUUCUCCAUAAUCCAACACAUGUUUGCAAUUUGCUCUCUGGUUCCUCUGCCCCUUCGAAAUCCAGCUUGCACUUCUGGGAGUUCUCGGUCCACAUACUGCUUAAGCCUGCCUUGUAGAAUUUUAGGCAUUACUUUGCUAGUGUGUGAAAUGAGCGCAAUUGUGCAGUAGUAGGAGCAUUCUUUGGGAUUGGGAUGUAGACUGAUCUUCUCCAAUCCUCUGGCCACUGCUGAGUUUUCCAAACUUGCUGGCAUAUUGAGUGUAGCACCUUAACAGCAUCAUCUUUUAAAAUUUUAAAUAGUUCAGCUAGAAUAUCAUCACUUCCACUGGCCAUGUUAUUAGCAGUGCUUUCUAAGGCCCAUUUGACUUCACUCUCCAGGAUGUCUGGCUCAAGGUCAGCAACCACACUACCUGGGGUGUACGAGACCUCCAUAUCUUUCUGGUAUAAUUCCUCUGUGUAUUCUUGCCACCUCUUCUUGAUGUCUUCUGCUUCUGUUAAGUCCUUUCCACUUUUGUCCUUUAUUAUCGUAAUCUUUGUAUAAAAUGUUCCUUUCAUAUCUCCAAUUUUCUUGAACAGAUCUCUGGUUUUUCCCAUUCUGCUGUUUUCCUCUGUUUCUUUGCAUUGCUCAUUUAAGAGACUUCCGGGGGGCGCCAUCGGUAAUGGCGGAUUCCCUCUGAUCUGGAGGGACCAGCUCCACGGGAAACGGGUCUUUCCUGCUACGGCGAAGCGGGGACCCUUUCAAAAAUCACAGGCGGAUGAAGCCUGUGACCAUGGGACUUGGCGGGCACCUUUAGCGCCCCCCCAACCCGCAAAGGAACCCACUAACGGGCUCCGGAGCGAAGAGGGGGAAGUGGCGCGGUGCUGAGAGUCAACUGCUUCUUCCGUGGAGCAAAGCCACACAGCCGUUGCCGGAGAGCGCUGCCUUUUUCCUGGGACAAUUUGGCUUCUAAAACAAUCACCCGUGAGUACUUAAAUUUUGGACAAUUGGACUCUAAAUAAGGACUUGUGUGCAGAAAGGAAAAUUGGACUUUAAAGUUUAUUUCAAUUUGGCACUGAAACGGGACGGUCUAAACAGGAAGUCAGCCUUCCGUUUCUUUGUAGAUAGAUUAAAGCAAAGACAUGGCAAACUAGAGCUCAGAAAAUCGCUUGUAAAGGACUAACUUUCAUCAUUUAAGAUUGUUGAACCCCCUUCGGAAGCAGGAGAAGAGGGGGGAUUUUUUCUGAACUGUUUAAACCUGCAGAAGUGAGUGUAAAGUAAAGUAACUUUCCACCGUCUUGAUCCUGGAGCGGGGUGUCAGGACUGACGUUUUUUGAAGCUCAUUGACCAGAGACAAACGUUUUUGACAGAUAGCUAAAAGAAGAGAAACAUAGUGAUUCCAUUGUUCCCCUUCGCAUUUUAAAGGAAUAAAUAUUGACAAAAUAUCUGAAAAAGGAAACAUUGUUGUUAGAUUUGUCUUUAAAAGAAAAGAACAAAUAGAAGUUUUUCCCCUAGAGGGAGCCUGUGAAACUGUAACUAAUUCUGAAUCGGGGAGCUUGCAGCUGUUACAGAUUACGAUCGUGGGAAUAGACUUCUGACCUUGCAGGACAAUGUAUUCAGAAGCUCUGCUGUGUGCUCUCUGUAAAACAAGUGCCCUACUGGAACAGCUACAUGAGAAGACGGACUUGAUGACUGAUGCAAUCAAAAAUUUUGAACAGGCAGUGGGAAAUUAUAUGGAGCCCACUCAGGAAUUAAAUCAGGAGUGUGCCCUACAGAACAGAUGAGGGAAGAGGAUGUUGCUGAAUCUUGGGCGCCAGAGAUGGAGGGAGCUGUGGCCCAGCAGGAACAUGAGCUUUUGGAUUUGACAAAUGAACUUGGAAAAAGCCAGAUUUGGAAAGAUAAAGUUGGUUUGGUUUGGAAAUGGGGGGUUGGAUAGACCCCCCUAUGCAGGGAUGUUUGGACUUUUCAAGUCUGGCAAUGGGCCGUGAGAUGUUUGGGGUUGUGGGGGCUCUUAAUUUUGGAGAGACUUUGAAACAUGUUCUUAAAUAUCACAUGGAGUUUAGUGUGGACUAUGGAAAAGGGGCUGAUAUGUCGAGAAGGGUCAAAAACAUUGCUAAGCUGGAGUUCCCACGAGUGAAAGGAGCAGGAGACAAAGGAAAAUACAGUUAUAAAUAUGAAGAAGAGCCGCGGAAGGGACAUGGAAGGGACUUAAGGGCCUCGGAUAUAAGAUUACCAGGUUAAUGCGCUAGAUUGAUGAGAUAAAAAGGACUGACAAAACCCGGGACCAGGAGGAAGAGACGCUGGAUGAAGAUUGGAUUUUUCUUUUUUCUUUUUUAUUAUUAGGAUUGUUUUAUAAAACUGAUGAAUGUUAGAAAAAUGUUGGAACGAAAUUAUUUGGCUUUAGCAAAAAUGUUUAAAGAAUUAUGUUAGAAUAUUAUGGUUAUGAGAAGUUGGUAAAAAUAAGAUUUAAGUUUUAGGUUUUAAGGUUUUUUAUAGGAAGAUAAGAUUAAAAUAGAUUAAGGUAAUGUAAUGACAGAAUAUUAUGAAAUAUGGAAAGGAUUUGCUGCGACAAUUAACAACUAUGAUACAAAAAAAGGGAGGAGGAGGAGGUCAAAGAAAGAAGGUAAUGACAGUUAAGGAUUUGAGAAUAAUGGAUUUGUUUUUAAAUGUUUGUGGUAUAUUUUUGUUUUUUGACCAUGUUGUGCUAUUUUUUGAUUUUGAUUUUUAUUAAUUUGUAUUGUUUGAUGUGGUUUGUUUUUUCUUUGUUUUUUCUUUCUCCUUUUCUACUUUGUUUUCUUUUGUAAUUCUAAAAAAUUUUCAAUAAAUAUCAUUAAAAAAAAAAAAAGCAUUGCUCAUUUAAGAAGGCCCUCUUGUCUCUCCUUGCUAUUUUUUGGAAAUCUGCAUUCAAUUUCCUGUAUCUUUUACUAUCUCCCUUGCAUUUUGCUUGCCUUCUCUUCCCCGCUAUUUGUAAGGCCUCAUUGGACAGCCACUUUGCUUUCUUGCAUUUCCUUUUCAUUGGGAUGGUUUUCAUUGUUGCCUCCUGUAUAAUGUUACCAGCCUUCAUCCAUAGUUCUUCAGGCACUCUGUCCACCAAAUCUAAAUCCUUAAACCUGUUCCUCACUUCCACUGUGUAUUCAUAAAGGAUUUGAUUUAGAUUGUGUCUUACUGGCCCAGUGGCUUUUCCUACUUUCUUCAGUUUAAGCUGGAAUUUUGCUAUAAGAAGCUGAUGAUCUGAGCCACAGUCAGCUCCAGGUCUUGUUUUUGCUGACUGUAUAGAGCUUCUCCAUCUUUGGCUGCAGAGAAUAUAAUCAAUCUGAUUUCGAUGCUGCCCAUCUGGUGAUGUCCAUGUGUAGAGUCAUCUCUUGUGUUGUUGGAAAAGAGUGUUUGUGGCGACCAGCUUGUUCUCUUGACAGAACUUUAUUAGCCUUUGCCCUGCGUUUUUAACUCCAAGGCCAAACUUGCCCAUUUUUCCUUUUAACUCUUGACUCCCUACUUUAGCAUUCCUAUCCUCUAUAAUGAGAAGAACAUCCUUCUUUGGUGUCAUUUCUGGAAGGUAUUGUAAGUCUUCAUAGAAAUGGUCAAUUUCAGUUUCUUCAGCACCGGUAGUUGGUGCAUAAACUUGGAUUACUGUGAUGUUAAAGGUCUGCCUUGGACUCGUAUUGAGAUCAUUCUGUCAUUUUUGAAAUUGCAUCCCAGUACAGCUUUUGCCACUCUUUUAUUGACUAUGAGGGCCACUCCAUUUCUUUUACAGGAUUCUUGCCCACAGUAGUAGAUACAGUGGUCAUCCAAACUGAAUUUGCCCAUUCCCGUCCAUUUUAGUUCACUGAUGCCCAGGAUGUCAAUAUUCUUGCCAUCUCAUUUUUUACCACAUCCAGGUUCAUGGUUCUUACAUUCCAGGUUCCUAUGCAAUAUUUUUCUUUACAUCAUUGGACUUUCCUUUCGUUUCCAGGCAUAUCCACAACUGAGCGACCUUUCGGCUUUGGCCCAGCCGCUCCAUCAGCUCUGAAUCUACUUGUACUUGUCCUCCGCUCUUCCUCAGUAGCAUGUUGAACACCUUCUGACCUGAGGGGCUCAUCUUCCAGCGUCAUAACUUUUAUAUGCCUGUUGUCUUUGUCCAUGGAGUUUUCUUGGCAGGGAUACUGGAGUGGCUUGCUGCUUCUUGCUCCAGGUGGAUCACGUUUGGUCAAAACUCUCCACUAUGACCUGUCCAUCUUGGGUGGCCCUGCACGACAUAGCUCAUAGCUUCUCUGAGUUAUUCAAGCCCCUUCGCCACGACAAGGCAGUGAUCCAUGAUAAGAAUUCUAAGGGGUUGUAAAUAAAAUGAAUGUUCAUAAGUGCACAAGAUAAACACAUAUACUUAAGCACAUAAACCACAUGUCUGCAAUAGUAUGGGAGAUCCAUCCUGAAGUCUUAUUGACUCUUAUUGACCCCCAUUAUUUCUUUGCAGAAGGAUGUAUCUUAGCAAAACCUUUCCCAAUUGUUCUUUUCACUUACAAAUCCUUCAAAUCCAGUCCAAAGAGCACAUUUUGUGUAUGAAUAGGGGAGGUCUGUGACAAAGGUUUCAGAAGCUAGGGUAUCUAUCACUUCAAAAGACUGGCAGGAUAAUGCAAUCAGAAAGGAUUAUCAGCUAUCUUGACAAACAGGAGAUAAGACACACUCUUGAAUCUGUAGGAUGCUUUUGAGUGGUCUUUGGCUAAGGGGUGGGAAAUUUCUUAAGUCUUUAAAAGCUGUUAUACACCUUUGUUCUGGGUCUUCGCCUCAUUGCAAGGUGGUGGGAGGGGGAAUUCUGAUGCAACAGAAAAAUAAAUAUCUUCCUUGCUUUCCUUCUACUGGUUCCACUCAUUUUCCUCUGACUGAUAACGGACUUGGGGGACACUGAAUCCCUUGAUGGAGAGCUGGGCUGUAAAAGCCUACCCCUAUAACAAUGGCUGAGUGGGAGAUUUGAACCUGGGCUUCCCAGCUCCUACCGACACAAUGACUGCACUCCACACUCUUCACUGGCAGAGCGACAGACAGACAGAUGGGUAAUGUGUGUGUGAUAGGAAUUUUAUGGUUUUAGAUAUAUGGCAACGUUCAUAACCACACGUACAUAGAUCAGCACAGGAAAGCCAACCUGGAACCACUUUGAUUCCUAAACUGAGCAAAUGUUUCUCUGCAUGGUAAAAAAUGGAAAAGCCUCCCCAUUGUCUCUUCCUUCACAAAUCCUGUCUUAAUCUGUGUUUGAAUAAGGGUGUGAGCCUUAUCAUUACAAAAGACUGCCAAGGCUCCCCAAGAAAUCCAAUCAAGUAACCUGCCAGACAGGAAAUAAACAAAGCGACAGGAGAAAACAACAUGCAAAUGUUCUGUUUUAGACCGCCUUAUCUGAGGGGUGGUCUUAGGUUACACCCCUUCUGUGAUGAAUGCAUAAUGUUUCUGGGGGUGGUCUUGAUCUAGAGGAUGGGAAUUUCAAAAGUCUUUAUAAGCCCUUGCAUAGCAUUUUUGGGGGCCUCCUCCUCUCCUGCGUGUGAGGGGAGUACCCUGUUGCAACAGAUCAAUAAAGAUCAAGCUUACUAGCUGCUUUGCUUCUCAAUAUUCUCUGGUUGGCCUCUGUUAUUUUCUCCUACCAAUAGGGAACCUAUGUAAGGACUCUAUAUGGGCUCUUGGAUACCCCAUAAGGGAAAAGGGCAUAUUUUUUAUUUUACAACAUGUGUAAACAGGAAUCACUUUACCUCCCAUCAUUUCCUCCUGCAUCUAGAGAAGGGCAAAUAUGUCAAUUUCAGUUUAUCUAGGCUUCGCAAGUCCAGUUUUCCACAUUUCUGCAUCAAUCUGCAGAUCAUCAUCAUCGUUUUUUAAAAGGGCCUGGCAAAAAUUUGUUAGCAUUUUAAUAUGUAUUUGCAAGAUACAGAGAAGGGAAGGGAACCUCAGUCCCCAGAGGGCCAACUGCUUUUUGGCCCUCAGGACUCUCCCCAGGCCACAGAGAUGAUGACCAUUACGCAGUGAGCUUCAUGCAUUUUAACCAGAGUCUACCUGAUCCUAAUUUUAUGCUCUAAGCCAGGGGUAGUCAACCUUUUUAUACCUACCGCCCACUAAUGCAUCUUUCUUGAUGGUAAAAUUUCCUUACCGCCCACCAGUGCUCGAUGGAAAGAGGAUUCAGCUUGUACUGUAGAACCCCCUACUGCCCACCUAAAAUCCUGAAAUGCCCACUAAUGGGCGGCAGGGACCAGGUUGACAACCCCUUCUCUAAGCACUCUUCCACACUCUUCCAGACAGUAAUGAUAGUUGCAACUACUGCCUGUUCCGGGCAACACACUAUUUAUUUUUUAAAGCAAACAAACCAGAAGACUACCCUUCCAUAAUUUGCCUUCACAAACAGAAAAGUGCUUUGCUAACAACCCGAAGCAUCUCUGUGACUUUGGUUUCCCAAUGUCAAGGCAUUUGGUCAGAUAAAUGUUCCUUUUAUUGCCCGCUAGAUAGCAGCCUUCUUUCAAGCCUGUGAUUGUAUCAGAUUCCAAUGUUAAUUUUUGUGUGAGCAUCAAUAAAAAGUGGGUUUUCUGAUGCACUUGGAUGAUUCACUCACCAACAUUUUUAUUGGGCUGGAUCAUCACAAAAAUGUUGAUUGCAUAGUAAAUUCCUGAAAUAUUGAUAAAGGAGAAUUGAAAGGCAUUCACUCCAAUUUCAUUAGAGCAGGAAAGCAACCACAGUGCUUAAGGUGGUCUUUUCUUUUCUUUUUACAAAUACUGUGUCUUUACAAAUAUAUUUCCAUAUUAAAAUCUAAGGGGUGGUUUUUAGAGAUUUCACCAAUGUUGCAUUUCUAAGUAUGUUUACUUGGCAGUAAAUCACAUUGAUUUUUAUAGCCCUUCUUAGGGCCAUUUCAAGCACACGACUUCUUUCUAAAGAAUCCUAGGCCCUGUAGUUUUGUGCUGGGGCUUGUAGCUAUGAAAGAAGAAAAGUACAGUUCCUAGGAUUCCUUGCAGGUAGCCAUGUGCUCUAAAUGUAUGGUGCAGAUCUGCCCUCCAUGUCAUUAGAGUCUCGGAACAAGGAUGUAUGUUCCAUUUGUUCAUGUAAAUAUUGUUUUUUUGGGUGUAAAUACACCCCAGUCUCAGAGGGGUGAAAGGUUUUGAGGGUUCCAGUGUGCCUCCUGGGUUGGUUUGCUUUGAAUGUGAUUUGCUAGAAACUGGUGUCAUUUCCUAUAAGCAUAAAACUGGGGUGUGUUUUGCAGCGUUAACUCCCAACAGAUCUUGCUUUCUGGUUAGGUUCCAGUGGGAACCUCCAGUGUCAUAGCACAGAGAGCAAAGCAGGCCUCUUGAGAUUUAAGUCAGACGUUACUGCAAAGACUGGUAGCCUGUUGACCCUUUCACUUAUCCAGACACCCUGAAGACAUAACCUCCCACAGGGAGAGGGAAAUCUAAGCCCAAGUCCCCAGAUAGCUCUCACUUAAGAACAUAAGAAGAACCUACUGGAUGAGGCCAGUGGCCCAUCUAGUCCAGCACGCUGUCAUCACAGUGCCCAACGAUACCCUGAAGGGAGAACCCACAAGCAGGACCUGACCACGAAAGCACUGUCCCCUUCUGCAGUUUCCUGCAACUGAAAUUCAGAAGCAUCACUGCCUCCAACUGUUGUAAACAAAAAUUGCCCUUUCCCCUUAUGGGGUAUCCAAGAGCCCAUAUAGAGUCCUUACAUAGGUUCCCUAUUGGUAGGAGAGAAUAACAGAGGCCAACCAGAGAAUAUUGAGAAGCAAAGCAGCUGGUAAGCCUGAUCUUUAUUGAUCUGUUGCAACAGGGUGCUCCCCUCACCCGCAGGAGAGAGGAGGAACCCCGAAAAAUGGCGCGCAAGGCCUUAUAAAGACUUUUGAAAUUGCCACCCUGUAGAUCAAGACCAACCCCAGAAACAUCAUACAUACAUCACAGAAGGGGUGUAACCUAAGACCACCCCUCAGAUACAUCAUACCUACAUCACAGAAAGGGCGGUCUAAACAGAAAUUUGAAUUAUCUCCUGUCUGGCAGGUUACUUGAUUGGAUUGCCUGGGGAGCCUGGCCAUUCUUUUGUAAUGAUAAAUACUUAGUUCCUGGGCCAUGUCACAGGCUCACACCCUAUUCAUAUCUUAAAUGUGCCCUUAAGACAAGAUUUGUGAGGAAAGAGACAAUGGGAGGUUUCCCACUUUGACCUUGCAGAGAAAACAUUUGCUCAGUUUAGGAAUCAAAAUGGUUCCAGGUUGGUCUUCCUGGGCUGAUCUAUGUAUGUGCUUGGUUAGUACAUUUAUGAACAUUUCCAUAUAUCUAAGACCCCAAAAUUCCUAUCACACAACUGUGAACGGAGAGCUUGGUUGGUGGCCAUUGGCAGCCUUGUAAUCUGAAAGGUAUCAGAACAUAAGAAGAGUGUUGCUGCUUGAGAACAGGAUGCUUUAUUAGAUGAGUGGCUGGUGUGACCCAGCAGACUCUUAUGUUCUUAUCCUCGUUUUUGAAGGGGAGUGUCACUCAAAUGAAAGCUAGAUACACAAUGUACAUUUAAUUAGGGCAGAUCCACACUAUACAUUUAAACCCCAUGCCUGCCAAAGGAUGGGAAUAGCAGCACUGUGAGGGGAAACUGAAAUUCCCAGGUUUCUUUUGGGUUUGGUUUUUUUAAAAAAAAAAGUGUGCUGAAUAUGCUUUAAAUGUUUUGUGUGGAUCAGAGUCAGAAGUACUGUUGUUUAGUCGUUUAGUCGUGUCCGACUCUUCGUGACCCCAUGGACCAGAGCACGCCAGGCACUCCUGUCUUCCACUGCCUCACGCAGUUUGGUCAAACUCAUGCUAGUAGCUUCGAGAACACUGUCCAACCAUCUCGUCCUCUGUCGUCCCCUUCUCCUUGUGCCCUCCAUGGAAGUACACUCCUCCCCAAAUAAUCCUGGAAUUUACCUAUCAGAGCUGCCCUUCCCAGCACCCUUAACCAGGCAUAGGCAAACUUGGCCCUCCAGAUGACAAUUCCCAACAUCCCUGACCACUGGUCCUGUUAGCUAGGGAUCAUGGGAGUUGUAGUCCCAAAACAUCUGGAGGGCUGAGUUUGCCUGUGCCUGCCCUUAACAAACUACACUUCCCAGGAUUCUUCUGGGGUCGGGGUGGGGGAAUGUAUGCAGUGUUGAUUCUCUCUCCACCCAGCAGAGGGCUUGUCAAGCAUAUGCAAAUUCACACCUCCUCCAGCUUUGUUUGUUUCAUUUCCUUUUUUCUUCUUAAGGUUACUUAUUACUUAUCUAGAUUGAGGAGCAAAGUUCUUUAAAAGGAGCCGCCUGCCUCCUUUCUGCCAUCACCAGCUUGGUCAAAAGGGACAUCGGAAUUAAGGUUGCCAGCUAGAGAAGAAGGUAAGGAACAGGGCAAUUAUAGUUGCCUACACGCCAUACAUUUAAAGCAAAUUUCCCCCUCCCUUAACAAACCCGCAGCUCUCAGGAUUUCUUUUGGGAGGAUCAUGCUUUAAACAUACAGUAUAAUGCUUUAAACACAGCCUUGAUGUACAGUUGUGCCAUUAAUAGAAGCUGAACAAUCAGGUGACAAUUUCCUCCCCUCUCCCCCAGGCAUGGCAUUGUUGCAAACACAGCUGAGGACCCCAGGCCAAAAAAGAAAGAAAAAAGGCUGUCACCCCUAGCUGGGGUGCCACAAGAUCCCCUUCCCUUUAUUUAAAAUCCUCCCUCUGCUUUUUGUGAUUGGCUGGAAGCCCUGCCAUAUCUCCUCCCAGAAAUAUUUCACUUGUUCAAAAAACAAAACACAAAGCCACACACAGGGAAAUAGAAAGGUGCCAAGCAUGGUGAAUUUUGUGGCGUGGAAAAGACCAGAAAACUUUAGAGCAAGCGGAUCCCCUUUCCCCCCCUGUUUAAAGACUUGCUUUAUUAUUAAUAUUAAGUAUUUAUAUGUUUAUCUAGAAAUAAGACAGAAAGUGUGACAGCUUUUGAACUCCUCUGGAAUAUUUUCUUUAAAAAUAUAGUGGUCAUGUUGUUGUUAACAGUUCUUGCUCUUUAUUUUUUAAAAUUCUUGAUUAAACCCCAUAUGCUUAGUUUUGUCAUCCUGUGUUCCUCUGAGAUUAUCUGUUUACACCUAAUAAUCCAUUUGGUGGCUAGGAAACAACAAAACUCAGCUUGGUUCUGAAAGCUGCUCUGAUCCUGCCAGGAAGCAUGUGGUUCUUAGGAAAUGUGCUUUUAUUUCUCUUACUUCAGGACAGGGAUGGAUGGCAUCUCUUGCUUUUGUAGAGAAGCUUCUGUGACAUCCUUCAAAUUCCAAAUGCAGCAUUUGUUUUGUGCAUUACAUUAAUAUCCCACUUUUCCUCCAAGGAGCUCAAGACAGUUCUUACGGUUUUCUCUCUUCCCAUUUUAUCCUCACAGCAACUCUGUGAGUCAGGUUAGACCGGGAGUUAGUGAUUGGGUCCAGGUCACAGAGUGAAUUUCAUGACUGGAGAUUUUUGAACCAAUGUGCUCCCUGACCCUUGUCCAGUACUAAUCACUACACCUUGCUGGCUCAAGGCUCUUUGCUUCCAGCGAGAGUAUGCAGAUCACAGCAGCAACUAAAUCCCUUGUCCAAACUGACUUGCUUGUGAGAAAUCUGCUAGUGCUCUUCUUUAUUGUUGAUCUGCCCACAGUAAGGAAGUUGCAUGCAAUCUUCCUCAGUUCCUAAACAGGAAAUAACUAACCAGUAUAACUGAGAUCCCAUGGAAGGUCAUGUUAAUAUUUUCUUGCAAGGGGUGACCAGUUCCACCAACACCCUAGCCAGUCCUUGCAACGCACAUGUAUGCAUGUCCACUCCGAAGUAAGUCCCAUUAGUUACUCACAGCUGUGCAUAAGAUUGCAAGGUAACUCUUGUAAAGUGAAAGUCUUCGGAGCUUGAAAGCCAUGUUCUCUGAAUUCCCAAGUUGCUUUAGUGUCUGGCUUACAUGUGCUCAGAGGCACCCUUGUUACUGAGCAAUGUGUUCUUAAGUACAUCGUUUGAGAUUCUAACCACAUUUAAGUUUUCUCUUACAAUUAAGCAGUAUAUGAAUUUUAUGAAAUAAAGUUUUGUUAUUGUUGUUAUUAUUAAUUAAAUUUAUAUACCAUCCUCCAUGAGUACAUUUCAGGGCAAAUUAAACAUAAAAAUACAAGAUUAAGAAAAAGUAAUAAAAACAAGAACGAAAGCAAACUGAUAACCCCCUCCCUCCAAUUUCAUAACCAUCUUAAUUUAUUUCUAACCUUCUUUUCUCUUUUAGGAGUACAAAGUUAAUAUGAAUACAUAUAAGAUGUACACAUAUAUGAAUUGGGUCCUUAGUACUUUCCACCAAAACACAUGUACAGCUAUAUCUUCUUGUUUUUAACUUGAAUGUAGGUAGCUGAACCCAUAUGCUCUGCUAUCAUAUUUCAAGUUCCUGGGAGUUACGGAUUUUAUAUGGAACCUGUAUGUGUUGCUUUUUACUAUAUAUUUUGGAAAGUUGUCUGUUUGCUAAAUUACCACCACCAAAUUUUGCACAAUGGCUCCUGUGACUGAAGACCACAUUCUCAUCUAUGUUUGGGUACAGUUGGAUGGCAUUUUGAAGUAAGGUCGAAGACGGAACCUUUCAAAAUUGCACUGAUCUUAACCACUGAUUUUGUGUGUAUAUGAGUGUGUAUCUUGUGUGUGUGUAAAUGCCUCUCAUAAAACAUCCUGAAAUAUUUUAAUGGUAAAGACAGAACCAGUGGUGGUAUGGCUGUUAACAGUUCCUGACUAGGACCUGUGAGAGACCAGGGUUUGAAUCCCCCUGCUCAGCCAUAAGGCUUACUGACUGACCUUGGGGCCAGAUGCUGCCUCUCAGCCUAACCUCCCUUACAGAGGAAGAGGGGAAUGUACACCCUCUUGAGCUUCUUGGAGAGAAAAGGGUUGGUUAUAAAUGCAAGCAAACAAGCAAUCAGGCAAUCAAUCAAUAAUCAAUUAAUCAAUCAACCAACAGUUAAAAGGUAUAUAAAAACAAAGUGAUAAUUAAGUGCUUAACAGUGGUAAUUUACAAAACAAUGUUUGAUGACACAGACAUCUUGGCACUUGCAAGUAAAUAAUUAUAACCCUCCGUACUUUUCUAAAUUUCAUUUCCUUCUGACCUCACUUUUUACAAUUUGUCCCACCCGCUCCCCACGUAUGCUCAUACAUCAGCUAUGUAUUUUGCAAAGUUGUUCAUUUUCUCAUAGUGCAUUUGGACUAUGAGAUAUUUGGACCUAGGAUAUCCUAACCACAUUUUGCAUGACGGUUCCCAAGAUCAAGGAGCAGCUUUGGGUUUAUGUCUGAAUGCAAUUGAUCUCUUUCUUUUCCUCUUCCCCGUUCCUCUCUCUGUGUAAGAAAUAACACAGGUCCAUGCAUAGGGCACAGCAAACCAGUGUUGUAGUGGUAUGGUUAGAAGUAUCGCUCUGUCCUUGAUUCAUUGCCUACUGGGAAGGAAUAAUCGUAUUGGAUUCUGCUGGUAUCACUCUAAGGUAGGAAGACCAGGAGUGUCAGGAGCCAAAUGUGGACUCCCAGGCUUCUCUACCAAACCCUUGGAACUCUCCCCCUCACUGGCCCUGCUUGAGUGUUGGUCUUGUUGGAACAAGUCUUAAAGUUGUAGAGUCUUAAAGUUUGAAGGGACCAUAAACACAAUCCAGUCCCACCCCCCUGCAAUGCAGAAAUCCCAGCUAAAGAAUCCCUAACAGUGGCCAUCCAACCUCUGUUUAAAAACCUCCAAUAAAAGAGAAUCCAUCAUAUCCCGAGGUAGCUUGUUCAUUGUCAAUCAUUAGAUAGUUCUUCCUAAGGUUUGUAACUUGAUUUCAUUGGUUUGGGUCCUUCCCUCCAGCGCAGCAGAAAACAAAUUUGCUCUAUAUUCCGUGUGACAGCCCUUUAGAUAUUUGGAGGUGGCUAUCAUAUCUCCCCUCAGUCUCUUUACCAGGCUUUACCUUUACCUUUUGCCUUUACCAGGCUAAACAUGCCCAAUUCCCUCAACUGUUUUUCAUAAGGUUUGGUUUCCAGACUGUUGAUCAUCUUAGUCACCCUCUGCAGACAUUCCAUUCUCCUCCUUGUCUGGAUGGAGGAUGAGAAGUGUGAAUGGGUGUUGCUUGCUGUACAAAGGGGGAAAUCACCUUUGUUGCUGCUCCUACUUUCACCACUGGCCCUAUCUACCCUGUGGCCCCCAGAAGGUUGCCUUGGAGGAGAUGUGGCCCUAGGCCUGAAAAAGUCUGCCCUGCCAUAGGAAAAACCAUUUAACCAGAAGGAGCCAGCUGGAAAAUGUGACUGUGCUUUGUAUGGAUGGAGUUUAAGUUUUUUGUUGGUGAUGACAGAACAGAGCAGGGGAGGUCGGGGUAUUUGUUGCCUGCUGUGCUAAGGUUGCUCCCUUUUUUAUUAGUAAUUUAUUUACCACUUGUCAGGGAACUGCCAUCGGAAGGAAGGGAGGUGAAAGGACUCAGACAGGUUGGAAGAGACUCAGCAGCGGAAGAGGGAACCAGCAAGGGGAGAGAAGCUGAACUGAGGGAGGUGAAAGGGCUCAGACAGGUUGGAAGAGACUCAGCAGCUGAAGAGGAAACCUGCAGGGGAGAGAAGCUGAACUGAGGGAAAGGGAGCUGGGGGAUGGCUCAGAGAUACUUCCAGCGAAAACAGUGGUGAGGUUUCCGGACCUCCUGUUGGGACACCCACUCCUCGCCGGAAACUGUCACGCAGAGAGUCCAGAAGACGUGUUUCCGUUAAGGAGCUUUUAUGUUGGAAGCGAUUACGAAAGCAGCCACUGUCGGAAUCUUCUAGUGACUAGAGGAGCCAUGUCAGAGGGGCUCAGUCACAGACAGAGGUUUGUGGACUUGAACAAACUCUGAGGGAAUACGAUUUUACGCACAAGCAGCUCAUCUUCCCAUCACAGCAUUCCGACAGUCUUUGAACGCAGCUUGUGCAGGAGAAGGCAUAAUGAGCAACCCAGCAGGAACCGGAGAAGCAGGGGCUGGAGCGGGUCCAAGCCUGGAAGAAAGGUACCGGGUGUUGGAGGUCCAGCUGGCGCUGCAGACGGCGAGGCUGGAGGAGAGGAGGGCUCAAGAUGCAGACAAAAGGGAGAAAGCCACCCAGCUCGCCAGAAAGGUACCAGGAUUGGUGCAGAAAUUUGGGGGGGAGCCCAAAGACUAUCAUAGCUUUCGGACAGAAAUGCAAUAUGCCCUCAAUCUGCAGUUUGAUGAUUUCACUGAUGAGGAAUCACGAGUGGCUUUUGUGAUUGGGCAUCUUGAAAAGGGGGCGAGAGACUGGGUUAGAACCCUGAUGGCAGCGCAUAGUGACGUCCUAAAGGACACGAUGAAGUUCUUUCGCGCCAUGGAUCUGAUGUUUUCCAGCGAUAUUGAAAAGGGAGUGGUGCGCAGACAGUUAAUGGCUUGCAAACAGGGGAGCCGAUCUGUACGUGAGUACUGGACUGAGUUCACCAUGCUGAUACACAGAUUGGGGUGGGACUUAUCGGCGGAACCCAUUCAAAUGCUCUUUGAAGAAGGGCUUUCUUCGGCUGUGAAAGAUGAACUUUCCCGGGCGCCCAGGGCGGAGUCUAUGGACCAGCUGACCAAAUCAGCGCUGGCCAUAGGAGCGCGCCAGGAGGCGAGAGCAUUGGAGAGGCGGGAAGGGAAAGGGGAACGUUGGAAGGAGUUCCGCAUUCCAGACAUUCCAGAGCCAACUUUCCCGCCGGCAGAGCCGAUGGAAAUCGGAACAGCGCGCGCGCGCGCAGUUUCAAAGCCCAGUGAGGGGGGGAAAAAGGAGGGAAAAGGCGCCCGGAAAUGCUAUCUCUGCCAACAGCCAGGGCACUUUGCCAGAGUCUGCCCCCAGAGGAAGGAAUGGCAAGGGAUGGUGGGAGCUGUGGAGGGAAGAGAGGAAAAGAUACCGGAGCAACUAAAAGCCAACGCCUGGCUGCCAUUGUCGGGGCACAGCAGCCAGGCCAAAGAGCAGUGAAAGUGCCCACGCCAGAACCUCCUAAACCCGCCCUAGUGAUAGAAGUGACACUAGAGCUGCCAAACGGACACCCUCUAAAGAUAAAGGCGCUGUUGGACUCAGGCAGCUCCUGCAAUUUCAUGAGCAAAGAGUUUGCAGCUGAACACCAGAUACAGACGCUCCCUUUAAGCAACCCCCUGCAGGUAACCACGAUCGAUGGCAGGGAGCUGUUGGGAGGAGAAGUCAGCUUGCAGACCGUCCCAAUGAUAAUGAAGGUGGCAAGGCACACCGAACUCAUUGCGUUUAAUGUGGCCACCUUGGGAGGAGCUCCCAUUAUAUUGGGGAUGAGCUGGCUAGCGUUACAUGAUCCGCUGGUGGGCUGGCAUCAAAGAGUGGUUUCUUUUGGGUCAGCACAUUGCUUAGAACACUGCAAAGAGGGAAAGGUUUUGGCAGGGGCCCAAGCCACCCUAGCAGGGACUGAAGUAACGGAGAACGUGAAGGUACCACGACAAUACGCAGAUCUCCGCGACGUCUUCAGCGAAAGGGAAGCUGACCAACUACCACCGCAUAGAGCCUUUGACUGUCAAAUCAAUUUGCUCCCUGGGGCACAGCUCCCUGUGGGCAAGCUGUACGCCAUGUCAGACAGAGAGAUGCAGGAGCUAAGAGAGUUCAUUGACAAGAACCUGAAGAGAGGGUUCAUCAGAGAGUCCAGGGCGGUGGGGCAGCCCAGUGUUUUUGUGGACAAAAACACGAACAAGCCGAGACUGGUGUGUGACUUCAGGGCCUUAAAUGCAGUGUCAGAACCAGUGGCCUUCCCGAUGCCCAGGAUUGACGACAUUUUGACAAGGGUGCGGAAGGGAAAGAUUUUCACCAAGCUGGAUCUAAGGGGGGCGUACAACCUGAUACGAAUAAGGAAGGGGGAUGAAUGGAAAACCACCAUGUUCACCCCUUUAGGGGCAUUUGAAUACUUAGUUAUGCCCUUCGGUCUACAAGCAGGCUCCGCAACAUUUCAAUCGUUUAUGAACCACGUCCUGGGGCCGUUGCUUUACAAGAAUUGUGUGGCCUUCUUAGACGACGUGUUGGUGUAUUCUGAGAAUGAGGAGCAGCAUGUGAGAGACGUCAGAGAAGUGUUGAGCAGGCUGCAAGCCAACCAGCUGUGGGUGAAACUGGAGAAGUGUCAGUUUCAUACCAAGGAGGUGGAAUUCCUGGGGUAUCGCCUGUCUGACAAGGGGUUGGCCAUGGAUCCCGGCAAGGUCCAGGCGGUACUGGAAUGGAAAACACCCAAAACAAGGAAGGAUGUGCAGAGGUUUUUAGGAUUUGGGAACUUCUAUCGUAAGUUCAUCCCAAACUUUGCCCACCUGACGGCGCCCAUUACGGACUGUCUCAGCAGUAAGAAGAAGUUCGUUUGGACGGAGGAGGCGGAGCAAGCAUUUGAGGAACUAAAAGGGCCUUCGCCUCGGAACAACAGCUCCUGCAUGUGGAUUUACAAAAACCGAUGAGAGUGGAAACUGACGCAUCAGACAGAGCGGUUGGGGCGGUGCUUCUCCAGCCAGGGAAGGAGGAGUCAGAGUGGAGACCGUGUGCUUUUUUUUCGCGAAAGCUGAACAAAUCCGAGAGGAACUACACGGUGUAUGACCGAGAACUACUAGCCAUUCAUGAGGCGUUCCGGAGAUGGAGGCACCUGCUAAUUGGCGCACAACAUAAGGUGCAAGUGUGCACUGACCACAAGAACCUAGAGUAUUGGAGGACGGCACGAGUGCUCAACCAACGGCAAGUGAGGUGGGCCCAGGAAUUCUCCAAAUUUAACUUUGAGAUUUGUUACGUGCCAGGCCCAGAGAACAUUAGGCGGACGCUCUCUCACGCAAACCUGAAUAUUUGGAGGGGAGGGAGCACCCGAAGAGAGACAUGUCAUUCCAGAGGACCGCUGGGUGUGUGGGCGGCAUUGGUGGGACAAAGAGAACUGGUAGAAGAAACAGAGAAUGAUGAAUACGCCCAGAAUAAGCUCAGAGGUCUUAGGGAUGAGGGAGAGGAAUCAAGGGGUUUCGAGGAAAGAAAUGGAGCUUUGUAUUACAAAGGGGCACUGUAUAUCCCUGAAGGAGACUUAAGGGGGAGGGUACUCAAGCAGUUGCAUGACAGCCCCACGGCGGGCAUUUUGGGCAACACAAAACCAUGUGGUUGGUCACCAGGGAAUUUUGGUGGCCUAAGGUGAGGGAGGAUGUACGUGAGUAUGUAAGAGGGUGCGAGCAGUGCCAGCGAGCCAAAGGGGAAAGGCGGGCGCCGGCGGGGCUAUUAGAACCCUUACCAACACCAGAACGACCUUGGGAGGCAGUGUCGAUAGAUUUUAUGACUGAUCUGCCGAAGUCCAAAGGGAAAACAGCCAUCAUGGUGGUGGUAGACCUACUAACAAAGAUGUGCCACUUUGUAGCUUGCUCGCAUGCAGUCACGGCGGAAGAGACAGCGAAGUUAUUUGUAGAACACAUUUUUAGGUUGCACGGGGUGCCAUUGAGGGUGGUCUCAGACCGAGGAAAACAAUUUACUUCCAGGUUCUGGAGGAAGCUCAUGAGCUUACUGCAGGUGGAGGUCAACUUUUCGACUGCCCGGCACCCUGAAACCAACGGGCAGGCGGAAAGAGCAAACGGUGUCCUCCAGCAAUACCUGAGGUGUUAUGUCAAUGACAGAGAGAAUGACUGGGUAGAAAAGUUGGCGCUGGCGGAAUUUGCCUACAACAAUGCCGAGAAUGUGUCCACAGGGAUGAGCCCCUUCUUGGCUAAUUAUGGGUGUCAUCCCAGGGCUUUCCCAGGGGAGAAGGGGAGAGAUGGAGCGUACCGGCAGCCGAGCAUUUUGUAGAAGAAAUGGAAGCAAUCCACCGUCAGCUCCAACUCAACUUAGAAAGGGCGAAGGAAGAAUACAAGAGGCAGGCAGACAAGAACCGAAGGGAAGGUGAAACCAUAAGGGUUGGAGAUAGGGUGUGGCUGUCAACCCGAGGGUUGCCGUUCAAAGGAGGUUGUAAGAAAUUAAGACCCAGGAGGUUGGGUCCCUUUGAGGUCAUUCAACAGGUCAACCCAGUGGCUUUCAGGCUCCGGUUACCCAACCACAUGAAACUGCACCCAGUAUUUCACAGGUCGUUACUGUCACCGUACGAGGGGGGACGAGAAGGGAUGGCCACUCGGGACCGGUCAUAGAAGAAAGAGAAUGCAGCAGUCAUGUGGCAGAAAUCCUUGAUGCCAGGUGGAAGGGGAAUCAGGUGGAGUAUUUGGUAGCGUGGGAAGGAGAACCGGAGUCAGAAAACACGUGGGUAAUGGCCGAAGAUAUCAAUGACGAGGUAUUGAUAGAAACGUUCCAUCAAAGGUUCCCGAGGAAACCUCAGCCUGUGGAGAGGUUCCGGAGGGAAUACUUUGGGACCACUGAGGAGGAGGAGGAGUUGGAAGGAUUCCCAGAAUCGGAAGGGGAAGGGGAGAUGGACUCGGAGGAGGAGGAGUGCUUCGAGACCAGGAACCGCAACAGGUGGAGAGAAGUGUUCGAGACAUCGGAAGAUGAAGGAAGUUCAUUCCGGGUUUUGCCUCCUCACCGCCCGUAGAGGAGGGGGCGAGAGGGGGUGAAGGGGGCCCUGGAGGGGGAGGUGGAUGUCAGGGAACUGCCAUCGGAAGGAAGGGAGGUGAAAGGACUCAGACAGGUUGGAAGAGACUCAGCAGCUGAAGAGGGAACCAGCAAGGGGAGAAGCUGAACUGAGGGAGGUGAAAGGGCUCAGACAGGUUGGAAGAGACUCAGCAGCUGAAGAGGAAACCAGCAGGGGGAGAGAAGCUGAACUGAGGGAAAGGGAGCUGGGGGGAUGGCUCAGAGAUACUUCCAGCGAAAACAGUGGUGAGGUUUCCGGACCUCCUGUUGGGACACCCACUCCUCGCCGGAAACUGUCACGCAGAGAGUCCAGAAGACGUGUUUCCGUUAAGGAGCUUUUAUGUUGGAAGCGAUCCCGACAGCAGCCACUGUCGGAAUCUUCUAGUGACUAGAGGAGCCAUGUCAGAGGGGCUCAGUCACAGACAGAGGUUUGUGGACUUGAACAAACUCUGAGGGAAUACGAUUUUACGCACAAGCAGCUCAUCUUCCCAUCACACCACUUUAUGCAUCAAACGCUAGUCCUUGAGCAGUUUUCAACAUUAUAAAAAUUACCAAAAAAACCCUAAUAAGAAUUACACACUAUAAAGCACCAUAGAAAAAUUAGAGAAGACCCUCUUAAAUGCCACUAAAUGAGGUGUUGGGAAGCAGCUCUGGCCCUGCAGAUGCUGCUGGACUACAAUUCCCAUUGUUAUCCUGGGCCAUUGUCUAUGCUGGCUGCUGGGAGUUGUAGUCCAUCAACAUCUGAAGGGCCAAAGGUUCCACAGACCAGCUGUAAACUAAAAUAAGCGAACCUAUAGGGACCAUAUCAACUACUGGCAUAUAAAAGAUCUGAAAGAAGAUGAAAAAGUUCUGCAGUUCUUUGUUAUUAAAGAGCCAUUAUCAGCAGCAAUUCUAACAUGCUUUCCUUCCUUCUUUCUUUCCCCCCCACCCUUUCCUCCUUUCUCUAGGCAAAAAUGUCCAGGAUGGUUCAGGCUCGGAGGCUGGAGGGCGUAGAGAAGAAUAUCUGGUAUUUCCUUCUUGGGUGGGCCCCAUACACCAUACUUGCCCAGUCCAUACUUGCCCAGCUGCCAGACUAUACAAGGCCAGACUAUUUCUUUCUUUCUUUACUAAUAAAUGUAGUUCUGUAUGGCCAGAUAAUAAAAAUAUCAGGACAGCUUACAACGUGCAAACAUAAAUUACCAUUCUUAAAAACGAAAAGAAAUACAGAGCAUUAUUAAGGUAACUGGCCAAGCAAAAAUAAAAGCUGAACAGGUGCAGAGCCCUUUCAGGAUAAAGAGGCCUUAUAUUUACAUCUAGCCUAGUCACUUCACCCACUCCCUGAUCCUUUUAAACAGGAGAUACUGUUGAGGAUUGAACCAGGGACCUUUUGCAUGCAAAGCAGGCACACUGCAACUCAGCCACAGUCCCACCCUGACAAACCAACAACAACAUCUUGUUUGCUUGGGCGAAGGGGUACUGGUUAUGGUCCAGGGUUGCUGUUAGGUGCUAGGGCCUCUGUCCGAGGAGGGUAAAGCGUUUUGUCAAAAUGCUUGCCCGAGAGAGCAGAGUUCAAGGAGCAGCAUAGUCUUAGCCAGCCAAGCACAGAGCAUCAGUUCAGCCCCAAAACAUGAUCCAGGCAGUCCAAGUGUGGUAAGAAUUUACUUCUACACCACCUGUUCAUUACCCAGAUGAGAGGGAACAGGUUUUUAGGAAAACAUGGAACCAAGAGAAUUACAAUUACAGCAAGCUUCAGCAGAUCCAGUUAGGGACCCAGAGUUUAUUAGAUACUAUUUCAAUAGGGCAGAGCCAAACUUAAUGUGGUUGUUCUAGCUGAACUGCCACUUAAGAAGAAGCUCUUUCACGAGGAGAAUUAGAAUGAGGGUUUUAUAGAGAUUGCACACAGAGUCAUAAAACAUCUAAACGUUCUUAAAACAUAAACAUCCUUCUACAUAUAUCAAGGAAGGUUACAGGUCAUGAGAAGUAAAACAAGCAUGGCUCCAUACUGGUAUCUUCACCCCCAUAAUCACAUAGAGGUGCACCAAGAAUGCCUAAGCCAUUUGGGUCUCAAAUGUCACACUUCUGUCACCAUUCCCCUAGCAACCAGGCCUCCAUCAGGCUUUCAGCAUUCCUUCCUUUAUCUCAUGUCCCUUGCUUCUGCUAUAUCUGUCUGCUCUAAGCUGGCAGGUUGCUUUAGGGAGUCAGUGAAUGAUGGGAUUCAAACCAUCCACCCAACCAAGGCUUGCCUCUUUGCACACCCUGAACCCCAGCAAUAGACAGUAUCUGUAAUCCAGCUGGGGUUGAGAUUGCAGGAGGCUGGCCUAGUGGGAUUUAAUUCUUCCUCUCUGCUCUUUUGCCUUUCACUCUCCUUAGGGUGGAGUUUGUCAAGUUGGCGGCCACAUACAAGACCGUGAACCUGGGCCAAGGCUUCCCUAAUUUCCCCCCACCGGACUUCGUCAGGGAAGCGUUGGUAGAGGCCGUUGGUGGAGAGAAUACCUUGCUGCACCAAUAUACCCGAGAAUUUGUACGUAAGAAUCUCCUCCCUUUCUCUCUCAGGCUGCAUGCAUACCUUACAUAAGUCUGAUGUGUUGCUAUGCAAGAACACUACUAUACAUAGUUCCCUGCACAGUUAUCCCACGGGAAGAGGGAUUGGUUGUUAAACCACUCUGGAAAUUGUAGCUCUAUAGGUAGGGAGAUAAAAGGUAAAGGUAAAGGGACCCCUGACCAUUAGUCCAGUCGUGGCCGACUCUGGGGUUGCAACGCUCAUCUCGCUUUAUUGGCCGAGGGAGCCGGCGUACAGCUUCCGGGUCAUGUGGCCAGCAUGAUUAAGCCGCUUCUGGCAAACCAGAGCAGCGCAUGGAAACGCCGUUUACCUUCCCGCCGGAGCGGUACCUAUUUAUCUACUUGCACUUUGACGUGCUUUUGAACUGCUAGGUUGGCAGGAGCAGGGACCGAGCAACGGGAGCUCGCCCCGUUGUGGGGAUUCGAACCGCCGACCUUCUGAUCGGCAAUUCCUAGGCUCUGUGAUUUAACCCACAGCGCCACCCGUGUCCCUUAGGUAUGGGGAUAGGGGCUUCCUAACAACUCUCAGCACUCUUCAAAAACUGCAGUUCUCAGGAUGCUUUGGGAGAAGCCAUGACAGCUUAAAGUGGUAUCCUAGUGCUUUAAAUGUAUAGUGCAGAUGGGGCUGCAGAAGAGGAUUUCUGGGGAGGCUGCAAUCUAAGUGCAGCAAGUAAGCAGAAAGAACACUUGUUUUUACGAUCAAGUUCAGGACAAAUAUGCAAUAAACGUCUACUAGCCUGCUUGCUUCAGGUUACCAUUCCGUGUUCUCAGCCUCUGCUGUUUCCCCAGGGCCACCCACGUUUAGUAGCAAUCUUGGCCCGCUUUUUUGGGAAGCUGCUCGGACGAGACCUGGACCCUCUGAAAAAUGUGAUGGUGACUGUUGGUGCCUAUGAGGCCCUCUUCUGCUGCUUCCAGGCUCUGGUGGAUGAUGGAGAUGAGGUAACAGAGUGCCUGUGUGCUUUGGGACAUAUUAAUGGCUAGGACAAUGCUUCUCAGACUUCAUGAAACUGGAAAGUGGGGGUUCUAGCCUCUGCCUCCCUGAACCACCCAAUGAAGCUAAAUGUUGGGAGUACAGAGAAAAGUAAGGACUUCUUCACACAGCAUGUAGCCAAACUAUGGAAUUCACUUCUGCAGGAGGCAGUGAUGUCCACCAAACUGGAUGGCUUUGAAAGAGGAUGGGCCAAAUCCAUAAGGGUAUCAAUGACUGCUGACUCUGAUAGCUGUGUCCUGCCUCUGCUGUCGGGAGGCAGUAUGCUUCUGAAUAGCAUUUGCUGCAAAUUGCAGUGGGGGAGAGUGUUGCUGUUGCAUCUAGGUCCUGCUUGUGGCCUUUUUGUUAAGGCAUCUGGUUUGCCACUGUGACAACAGGAUGCUGGACUAGGUGGGCCCCCUUUGGCCUGAUCCAUCAGCCAGCCUUGUUUCGUGUUCUUUACUUCCUUCUUCUCUUCCUGACAGGCAGAUGGGUGGCAUCACUGCUGUUAAUGAUCCACACACACACACACACACACACACACACACACAAAAUGAAGUAAUAUAUUGAGGUCUGAAAUCCUGUAACCACAUAACAUAAAAACUAACCAAUGAUGUGCUUGAUACCUCUUUUGCAUUUUCUUAGGUCAUUAUUAUUGAGCCCUACUUUGACUGCUAUGAGCCCAUGGUGAAAAUGGCUGGUGGGACUUCUGUGUUCAUACCUCUGCAACUAGUAAGUGGACUGAUUGUGCUGGCCUUUGUAGACAGUGACCCUGAUACUUCAGAUUCACUAGACUACAACAUCCAUCAAUCCUGACCAUUGGCCACACAGACUGGGGUAUGGGUGGGUGUCAUGGGGGUUGGAGCCCAACUCUUCUUUACGGGCAGUGCUACUUCAUCCAAAACAACCUGAACUCCACAUCCCUGAAUGGAUGAGUCACUCACCAACAGUACUUUUGUCUUGUCUCAACACUGCCUCUGUCCUGUCCCAAUGCAGCUUUAGUUUACUGGCCUUGAUCCUAGAUGGUGGCUCCACUCUUCCACAGCUUCACCUGAAUCAAACGAAACAGCUAGUUCUGGGGCCUUUGCCCAUUGGCAGAAGUCCAGUGGCUUGACUCUCCCUUGACUCUCUCUUUUUCUCCAUCUCCUCCGCCAGAAUGCUGCAGAAGGUGGCAAGCUGAACUCUAGCAGAGACUGGCAACUGAAUCCAGCCGAGCUGGCAGCAAAGUUCACCAAGCGAACUAAAGCCAUUGUGCUGAACUCUCCCAACAACCCUUUGGGGAAGGUAACUAAAAACCCUGCAAUUUUGUACAGGCCACUUGAUGUACAUUUGAAAUAUGUAUGUGCAGUUCAGUAUGUGCCAUAGAAUCAUUGUAGCUUGAGGGCAUCGCAUAGGCAUCAACCUCUGCUUCAGCUGAACCCAUCCCCCCCACCACCACCUUUCCCCAGUCUUGUAUGCCAUUGCAGCCAGAUUUUCCUCUCCUGCAAGAUUGGGGGAAAAGUUGAGGAUUCUCCCAACUUUUGUUGUAAAAAGAAAACUCUUCAUAAACCAAUCUUGAAAGACAGCAAUAUUGUCUGAAGUCUCCAUUUAGGAACAGAGUGAAUGAAUGACAUCUGUUCCUGAUGAAGCAGCAUUUAUUGUCUUAAAAGGUAAAGGGAGCCCUGACCAUUAGGUCCAGCCGUGACCGACUCUGGGGUUGCGGCACUCAUCUUGCUUUAUUGGCCGAGGGAGCUGGCGUUUGUUUGCAGACAGCUUCCGGGUCAUGUGGCCAGCAUGAUUAAACCACUUCUGGCGAACCAGAGCAGCGCAUGGAAACUCCGUUUACCUUCCCACCGGAGUGGUACCUAUGUAUCUACUUGCACUUUGAUGUGCUUUUCAACUGCUAGGUUGGCAGGAGCAGGGACCAAGCAACAGAAGCUCACCCCGUCGCGGGGAUUCGAACUGCUGACCUUCUGAUCGGCAAGUCCUAGGCUCUGUGGUUUAACCCACAGCGCCACCCGUGUCCCUAUUUAUUGUCUUAAAGAGUGUCAAAUUCCUUAACUUCUCUCUGCCACCUGGGAACACCUUCCUCAGCAUAGCAGACUACCCUUCCCAUGGGUGUUCGGAGCGUCCUUAUUCCAACAGUGGGAGUAGCUGCCACUGUUCUAUGUCAAAGGGGCCCAGAGUUGCCAGUCUUCUCCCUCUUGUGCAGGUGUUCAGUAGAAAGGAGAUGGAGCUCAUUGCAGAGUUGUGUGUGAGACAUGACGUCCUCUGCUUCAGUGAUGAGGUAUACGAGUGGCUGGUCUACGAUGGCAACAAGCAUAUCCGGAUGGGUAAGGCAGAUCCGCUUUCUGGACACUUGGCUUCAUACCUGAUCAUCCUCCUAAUCUGUGAACCUGAGCUGGUAUGAGCAUUUGUGGGUCCCUAUGCCUUCUUCUCCCUUUUGGGACCAAAGUGGUCUGACUCCUGCAAGAUCUUGCCUUGGACUUUCCAGACUCUGCAAAGAACAGUGUUUUUAAAGGAGCAGAUACUCAGGGUGCUUCUCCCUUAUGGGAGGAAUGUUCCAGCUCUGAUUUCCUUUCUCUUGAAUGCACCACCGUGUAGAUUUCAGCUUCAUUUUCUUUCCUUGCUGACAGCCAGUUUACCAGGAAUGUGGGAACGAACCGUGACCAUUGGAAGUGCCGGAAAAACCUUCAGUGCAACGGGAUGGAAGGUGAGGAGGCAGGUGUAGGAGGAGCCAGACUUAAGGACCGUUUUCCAGUUGAAAUUCCUACCUAAUCCUUUGCAGGCAAAGGAAUAGGUCCAUGGUAAGGUGCAUACUUUUCAUGUGAGAGGUCCCAGGCCCUGUGAUCUUCGGAUGAAGGGCAGCAUAGCAAUUUUAAUAAUCAUCUUCAUCUACACAUGAAAAAUGGAUCAGCCGACAGGUAAUUCAAAGCACACAGCAUUUCAUCAAAUAUUAGGACCAUGGUCAUAGCAUAGCUUUGUAUUGUUCAUAAACAGUAGAGCUGCCUAGCUAUCUUUGUGUUGUCCAGGAGACUAUCCCGUAGACCAGGAGAACCUCAGGCUUGGGGGACAAGCACUGCCAUUGGGAGCCUGCCUAAAACCCUGGAGAGCCACUGCCAGUCAGUGCAGACAAUACUGAGCUGGAGGGACCUUAAUGGUCUAGCUCAAUAUAAGGCAGCUUCCUUUGUUCCUAAUGUGUCCUUGAACUCUAGUGAUGCCUCUUGAGGCUAGAGGGUGUGUUUGUGGGUAGAAACCAGCCAGGUGUACAAAGGUAGCAUUUAUCUUUAUUGCUCCGCCUACUUUUGCCUCUGGUUCCUCCCACUGCUGACAGGUGUUCCUCAGAAGGUUGCCUCUGCGGCAAUGUGGCCCUCUGGUUGCAGAGCCCCUCACCUGCCCACUGUAGACUUUCCCACACUCUCAGUGACAUAUGAAGAACACCAGCUAUCCAGAGAUCUGAAAAAUAACCGCAUUUCCUUUUCCAUGGCCAUAGGUUGGCUGGACAAUUGGGCCCGACCACCUUUUGAAGCACCUGAGGACAAUUCAUCAAAACUCAGUUUAUCAUUGUGCAACAGCAGCUCAGGUAAGAAAACAGCGCUGGACAAAACAAUCCCUUCCACUGCAGGAGUAACCAAUGCGUUGCCCUCCAGAUGCUGCUGGACUACAAUCUCCCAUGUUUUUCUAUUUUUAUUUAUCUAGAACAUUUGUACUGCCCAAAUGGAUCCUAUGAGUGGUUUACAUGCAAUCCAUUAAAGCAAGUCUUAAUCUAGAAAGAACGAAAUAAUACAGUGGUGCCUUGCAAGACGAAAUUAAUUUGUUCCGCGAGUUUUGUCGUCUUGCGAUUUUUUUCGUCUUGCGAAGCACGGUGUCGGGAAAGUUUUGGAAAAGCUUCAAAAAUCACCAAAGUCUUUAAAAACCUCAAAGAAGGCUACCACACCGCGUUCUAUAAGUUGCUCCUCGAAGUCAAGUCGCAACUGUAUUAACGGUGUUAAGAAAAAGGAAACAAACUUGCAAGACGUUUCCGUCUAGCGAAGCAGCUCAAAAAACAAAAAACCCUUUCGUCUAGCGAGUUUUUUGUCUUGCGAGGCAUUUGUCUUGCGAGGUACCACUGUAGUUCUAACUGGGGUUGCAGGAGAGGGCCUACUUGGUGGCUGCUCUCUGGCUUUGAAUCUCCCUCCCUUGGGAGGCCAGCCUGGCUCCCUCCUUGUCCUUCCGCCAGCAGGUGAAGCUUCUUUUCCCGCAGGCUUUUGGGAACUAUUCUUCUGCUUGGAGCAAGCCAAUUUAAAUUAUUGGGCCAGUUAAAUCAUGCCCAUUAUUGUCAGUGGGUCUACUCGGAGUAGGACUAAAACCGAAGAAGACCCACGUUAAUACUUUUUGGCAUCUCAAAGAACUGAGCACGGAAUGUAUAUACUUACUGGAAUAAUCAACCUGGGGGAGGGGGAAUUAGUGACAACUUUGACGCUGCUAACCUUGCCUGAUAAUUGCAUUUGCAGUUGAUGUCCAUCUGUUGUUAUUCAUGAGUCUCUAGGAAGCCGUGGCCUGUGGGCUAGAGAAAGAGUUUGAGCGCUUUGGGAAGCCCGAGAGCUACUUUGCCCAGCUACCUCAACGGCUGCAGCGAAAACGAGACUUCCUGGUCCAGAGCUUGCUUGCUGUUGGCAUGAAGCCCAUUAUCCCAGAGGGUUCCUAUUUUGUAGUGGCCGACCUCUCCGAAUUCAGUAAGCGUGACACACACCCCUUCACCCAGUUAAUGGUGGACACUUAUUAUUUUUUUAAAAGAGAGAACAUACAUUUAAAGAGAGAACAUCAUCCAUGUAAAACACAUUUCUCUCUCAAAAAAAUAAUAAUCUCGGGAAAUGUAGUUCACCAGCUGCAUUCCUAGCAUGCUUAACAAGCUACAGUUUCCAGGAUUCUCUGAGUCAAGCCAUGUGCUGUACAUGUAUGGUGGGUCUGCAGCCAUAAUAUUGCUUGUUUUGAGACCCAGUCCAAAUUCAGAUCCAUUGGUGCACCUAGCUCAGUACUGUCUGUCUAGAGUGACUGACAGCAACUCUCUGGGGUUUCAGGCAAGGGUUUUUACCAGGCCUGGAGAUUGAACCUAGAACCUUUUGCAUGCAAGGCAGAUGCCCCACCACUGAACCAUGGUCCUUCCCUUAAACAUAAAGUAAAGUUCUAGUCCUCAGGAUUCAGAAUAAAGGGUUGAUUUCAGUGGAGAUACAGUGGUACCUUGGGUUACAGACGCUUCAGGUUACAGACUCCGCUAACCCAGAAAUAGUACCUUGGGUUAAGAACUUUGCUUCAGAAGAAGAGAACAGAAAAUUGCACGGUGGCUGCGCAGCGGAAGCAGGAGGCCCCAUUAGCUAAAGUGGUACCUCAGGUUAAGAACAGUUUCAGGUUAAGAACGGACCUCCAGAACAAAUUCAGUUCUUAACCUGAGGUACCACUGUAUAUAGAAAGCUGCCUUAUACAGUGGUGCCCCGCAAGACGAAUGCCUCGCAAGACGAAAAACUCGCUAGACGAAAGGGUUUUCCGUUUUUGCGUUGCUUCGCUAGACGAAUUUCCCUAUGGGCUUGCUUCGCAAGACGAAAAUGUCUUGCGCUUUUUUUUUAAAGCCGCUUGAAGAGGCGCAGUUGCGACGGACCGUGCUUCGCAAGACGAAAAGACUCGCGGAACGAAUUCUUUUCGUCUUGCGAGGGACCACUGUACAGUCAUACCUUGGGUUACAGCCGCUUCAGGUUGUGUUUUUUUCAGGUUACGGACCGCCGAAAUCUGGAAGUAUCGGAAUGGGUUACUUCCGGGUUUCAGUGGUCACGCGUGCACAGAAGCAUUAUAUCACGCAUUGCGCAUGCGCAGAAGCGCAGAAUCGAAACCCACGCAUGCGCAGCUGCGGGUUGCAAACGUGGUCCGUGCGGGAUGCACGUUUGCAACCUGAGCGUCCACUGUACUUAAGAUAGUUUGUGCAUAAAGCCCUGCAUUGUUGAUCAGCAUCAGCUCUCCAGGGUUUCUGACUAUGGGUCUCUCCAGUGCCAAGCAUUUGAACUGGGGACCUUUUUCAUGAAAACAUGUGCUCUGCCACUUAGCAAUCUUAGCCACUUAGCCUCUCAAUCAAUGCCCAUGCUCUCUUCUUAGAAGAUGAACUUCCUGAUGAGCCAGACUCCGAGGAGCCGUAUGAUUAUCGCUUUACAAAGUGGAUGAUCAAGAACAAGGUACGUGACCCAAGAUUUGGGACCGGCCAGACCAUUAGUGAGGUGGCUGCCUUAGGUGGCAGAUUUGGGAAAACACUGAAGGUGGCAAUAUUACCAGUCUGCUGCUUUUUGACACGGGGAAGGGAUGGCCACACUGGAUUUUCUGCCUCAGGCACUCAGAAGGUUGGUAACAUAGAACGUCACCUGGGAUUGUGUCAGACCAAUACUCCAUCCAACUCAUUAUUGACAGCUCCAGGGGUGGAGAACUUUUUUCCACCUUCCAGGGGCCAUGUGCCAGUGGUGGGCUGGGCUAGAGACAAAGGUGGAUGGAUCAAUGAAUGCAGUGUUUAGCUUUUGUACAGUGAACCCUCUAUCCUCCAUCCAAGCAAGAGACAUUUUCAGACACCCAUUUCAACCAGGGGGAAAACACUCAGGACAUGAAGCCAGACGAGUGAGAGUGUAUAAUAAUAAUUAUAAUAAGAUUUCUUUCUUUACUUGAUAAAAUUUGUACAUUGUUUGAUUGUAAAAAAAUAAUAAUCUCAAAGUGGUUUACAAUGAUACGUGUAAUUAUAAUGUUAAUAAGAAUAGCAACAGUAUUUAAUCUAUGAAUCCCCUUUCACUUGUGUGUCAAGGUGAAUUACAAACAUUUAAAAACAGUCAGGAAUUGUUUUUUAAUCUUACAAAGAAUAGGUGUCCGUUUUCAAUUUUUUUUAAAAAAACCUAAGGCAGAUACUUUAUCAUGUAGCUGGAAAAUCUGUCAAUACACAAUUCUUCUACCUCCAUAGGGCUUAACCGCCAUUCCGGUCUCUGCCUUCUUUAGCCCACCACAGAAGAAGAACUUUGACCAUCUCAUUCGCUUUUGCUUUGCCAAGGUGAGCUGUCCAUGGGAUUAUUAGGAAUGAUUUCCCACAUUUUUCACACCACUUGAGGGGGACAUGUUUACAUACAUUUCUUUGUAUCUUGUGAGCUGCUUUAGCAAAAAAUGAGGGUGCUGGGAAACCUGUGACCCUCCAGAUGUUGAACAGCUAUUUUUGAUUGUGCAAGGUGGGGGUGGGGGGCAGGCGUCAGAUAAAAAAUCUUGGCAGUGCCAAACACCAGCAAUUAAAACUUACUUUUGUUUUGUGCAUUAGGAAGACUCAACUCUGGAAGCCGCAGACAGCAUCUUGCAGCAAUGGAGUCGGGAGACACAGGGGCAGUAAUAUGAUCAUUUGAAGCAGGCUCUGUAGCUAGAAUGUUGGAACAAGAAAGGAAAGAAAACCCACGUGCCUAUUUUGCCACUUGACAUCAGGGUGCAGAAUAGCCCUCUGUUGCCAAUUUGCAUAUGCAGCAGGGAAGUCGUCUUAGGCCCUAGGGAUCGCACAUUCACCAACGUGAUGGUGCCCUGUCAUAGUCUCCCAGAUGGGAGUUGUGGUCCAAAAGAUCUGGAAGGCAGCAGAAUGGAGAAUGCUGCUCCUGGCCACUCUCCUCGCAGCCUGUCAGGCUUCCAAUAUCUGUGGUCAGAACCACACCAUACAUUUAAAGCACAUCCAGCAUACAUUUAAAGUACGUUUCUCCUCCACCCGUAAAGAAUCCUGGGAACUGUAAUUUCCUCCUUAGGAAGCUACAGUUCCUCGUUUCCUUAACAGGCUACAAUUUGUUGUGUUACUUGUGAAACUCUUAACGCAUCUCCAUAAAUAGGAAUGGGGAGAUCUGUGCCCAUCCAGAUGUUGUUGGACUAUAUCUCCCAUUAGCUCCCAGCAUGGCCUUAUGGUCAGGGGUGAUGGGAGUUGCAGUCCUGCAACAUUGGAAAGCCCCAGGUCCUCCCCAUCCCCUGCUCAACAGCUUCCAAAGGCAUCCCUGCAUUACUUUUGAUCUGAAUUUUUAACUGAAACUGUGAGUGUGCUUCUUGCUGGGCUGUCCUUAUUAGUGCAAUAAUUUUUAGAAGCAGCUCCUUAACGAACGAAAUUUCUGAGCAUGUGAUGUUAUGACUGCAAUUCACUACAAAUUUGCUUUUUGGGAAGUGUGUGUGUUGGGGCAGGUAGGUGGUUUGUAACACUGGUAUGGGUCUAGAAUGAUCUCUCCCCCUGCCUGUACCCCGCAGUUGUUACUUGACCACUUCUCUUCCAGUGCAAGGAAGGAGAACAUCUGGUCCUAUCUUCCCUCACUCUCCUUCAAGGGUAGGACAGGUCCUAUCAAUAUGAGAAAUCCUCGCAUUUCCCUUAAUUCUGCUCUUGAACAAGGGUGGGGGGUCCUGCAGCCCCUUUAAAGUGUGACUGUACUACAACUCCCAUCUUCCCUUACCGCUGUUCAUCCUGGCUGGGACUGAGGUUCUUAAAGGACAACAUAAUCAUGAAAAAUGAAAAAAGAAAAAGAAAACUUUUUGGGGUUUUUAAUUUCAAGUUAACAGUAUAAACAUACAAAAUGAUCAUAGAAUGUCAUUAAAUAGGAAUGCAGAGAGUGAUAAAAGAUUGAGGUAAAUAUAAGCUGAAAGUUGCAGUCACUUAUGUUCCAGUAUAGGCAAUCAAAUAAAGAUGUUGUUUCAUAAUAUCCCAUGUGUUGAUGGGGGAUGAAAAGCACACUUAAUAAAUUUUACAAAGUCAGUAAAUGGAUACCAUGUUGUGUAAAUGGUGUUGGUCUUUUUUCUUUUUGUAGAGAAGUUAAUUUGUCUAUAUGUAAAAUAUCCCAGCUUCAAAAUGAUAUCUAUGGGUUUCCAAAUUUUGACUACCACUAAUUUAGCUGCUGUUAGUGAAUGGAGGAUAAGAGCUCUACCAGUUGCAUUUUGAGUCUGGGGAGUGAAGAAUAAAACCAAUUUUGGGUCCAAGCUGUUUUGUCAUUUGAUCAAUUGUUCAAGGGAAAAAAAUCCCAGAAGAAAAUAAUUUUGGGACAAGGCCAC